GUUCUGCAGUUUUGGAUUUCAAUCUUUCCGUCGCUAGUGUUUGUCGUGUUGUCGUUAGUUGGUGCUUUUGUCUUGCUUUUGUUGUUGGUGUCAUUCAUUUUGGUAUAUCAUUUGUUGCUGGCAUUGUUAGUCCG